UCAGCGACUCCUGUGAAAACAGUCGUGUAAAUGUUUAAAACCGUGGUCUGCAUUUGCAGUUACUCAGAACAGGGCUGGUGACGUAACGACAAAAACAAAAAAACAACCGUAAUCUCUAGACAUAAACUCUGUAGGCCAAUUAUAUCAUACCAUCCAGUCAGCUCCAAUAAAACGGGCAAUGGCGUUGAAAAGAAUCCAAAAGGAGCUGACAGAUCUACAGAGGGAUCCACCAGCGCAGUGCUCCGCCGGACCAGUGGGAGAUGACUUGUUUCACUGGCAGGCAACGAUAAUGGGGCCGAAUGACAGUCCAUACCAAGGUGGGGUGUUCUUCCUCACAAUCCACUUUCCUACAGACUAUCCUUUCAAACCACCAAAGGUUGCGUUUACGACAAAAAUCUACCACCCUAAUAUCAACAGCAAUGGUAGUAUAUGUCUGGACAUUCUCCGCUCUCAAUGGUCGCCAGCGCUCACUGUAUCAAAAGUGCUGCUGUCCAUUUGCUCCCUGUUAUGUGACCCAAACCCAGACGACCCGCUGGUACCAGAGAUUGCACACACUUACAAAGCAGACAGAGAAAAGUACAACAGACUAGCGAGAGAAUGGACGCAAAAGUACGCCAUGUAAGAUUGCAUGUGACCAGUGAAACAAAACAAAG